AAACGUUGCUCUGAAAAGGUUGUUCUUUAAUAGUUCAACACCAUUGGGAGAAGACCUAUUAAAUGCUGAAAACAUGGCUACUAUAUUUCGUGGAAAAAUUCUGCCAAAAUAACUGAAAAUGGAAUUUCUCUUCCAAGGAUUUUUAGUGCUAAUAUUUUUUCUAGACAUGGGAUUUUCGGAGUUUACCGACUGGACCACACUAUUGCUCCUGAAGCCUGGGUCAACCGUCAGCCCCGUUGACGUAUGGUCUGACGUCUCGAGCUCGUACAACAGUGACGUGAAUACGACAUUCAGCGCUUUGAUGGCCUCCGGCUCACAGGGCUACCGGAACCGGCCGGUUGUCGAUAACUGGGCGUCAUAUGCACCGGAUAGAGUACGCGUCAGUUAUCGGAAUGGCGAAGGCUUCGUGCUAUUUUCUGCGAUUUUUAAUGCAACCGGAAGUUCUGACACCGAUUGGCUUGAUAUGUCGCAUUUCCUUGGUAGCCAUGCCUACUCACAGGUCACGUGGUCUACAGACUAUAUAAGCUACGGCGUUCAGCUAGCAUUUACCGACUCCAGUUGGGGAGUGGAGCGUUACUCCGCCGCUGCCGUCAGCCUUCCUAACGGCACAUACGUGUACGUGGUUCCUUCCGGUGGCACGCUGGAUCUGCUUCCUAUGACGCUUCUUGACGAUGCAGUAAGCUGCACCUACUCAUACGAGCCCUUAGACGCCAAUCCGUUUCUGGUCAACAUGACCGUCUACAACCUCAACCGGAAGUACUGUGCUGCCGUCUGCCGGGAGAGGAAUUACCCACACGGCGCCCUCCACAACGUGACAUGCGCGUGUCUAGCGGCAACUCCAACGUCUCCGUCACAAGGAACAUGCACCCAUCCGUGUGAGGGUGACGUCACAGAAACGUGUGGAGGAUUUAACUCCAAUGUCCUACCGUUCAAUUACGUCAACACGGAUAUAAAUACCCAAGUUUUUGAUGCACCAUUAUCAGACGGAACAUCGAUCACAGUUUCUGAAGCCAUAGAGGUAUCCUUUAUCGCUCGCCAAGCGAUUUACGGUUUCAACGUGAGUGUGACGUCACCGCUGAUUAGUGACGUCAGCGUAGAUCUCGUGUUGUACUUCCGGAACGAAGCAUGUAACAGAACGGAGUUGCUGAAUAAAACACACCAAGAGACUUUCAUAAUUCCACCGAGCCCGGGUUUUUAUGACCUUCAGAUGGAGCCCAUAUUAGUACAGUGUCUAUACAUCAACGUGUACGAAACAGCUACUGGGAACCCACUCCCUAACACUCUGACUUUUACACCUACCGUAUUAGAGGGUGGAUUCAUAACCGCAGAUUAUUUAGUUAUAGAAACCUCCUGGGAAAUAGCUUCAGGCGAGUUAUGCGAGUGCGAGUGCUGGGUGUAUGAUCUGCUAUAUGGGGACUCGCCCUUUACAAACCUAUCUUACACUGAGAUCGAGAAAGCGCUUGAAAAUGUUACUAAACAGAUUGAGAAAGAAUUGUCCGUGAACCGCUCUGAGCUUUCCUCAACCAUCCGGAAGUUGACAAGCGCCGAGGAUAAUCGGACUUCCGCUGUGGCGGUUGGAUACACUCUUGGUGUUGCCAUGCUGACGUGCAUUUUUGGUGCAAUCAUUUUAGCGGACCUGCCGAGGAUAUAUGAAGGAUUUAAGACAUUGAGACACAAUCUCCGGUCCCGUUUUUACCCCGAGACAACAGUGAACAAUGUGAGCAUGGAGAGGAUACCCUCAUUGCCUCAGCCAGACGAUUAAGAGAAAUGAACCAUGUACCUGUUUUCCAAAAAAUGGACAAUAAAGAUGUUAAAUCUGCAAACCGAAGGACGAAAGCGAAACAUAAAAUUGAGAAUCUGAACAAAAACCUCAAAAUGACAGGAAAUAAAAGCACGAGUUGUGCGUUUUCCUUGAAACCUUAGACAACCAUCCUUAGACAAACACAAGAAGAAAGGCGUGGAUGCAAAACGUUAAUCGUGAGGUUAUUUAUACAAUACAAUACGAAACUGAUAAGUUUUAAUGCAGAUAUAUAUGUUUGCUGGAGUUGUGCACAACUUUUUUGC